GAAUGGAGGAGAGACACGGACAGGCAGUUCGAAAAGAGAGUAAAAGAGAGAGGGGGUAAACGGUAUUAAAAUGGGACAGAUCCUAAAUAAGAAGAACGACUUUGAAGGGAAAGGUAGAGUGACACUGAAAGAGACUGUAAAAGAGGAGAGAGAAAAAUGCUGAAAGCAAAGGUAGAGUGACAUAGAUAGUAACUGUAGAGAGAGAGAGGGGAGGUUUCCUCUUACACCUCUCUCGCUCACCCUCCCUCUCUCCCAGCAGCACUAACUCCAGUGAAACCAGGAGGAAUCAAGAGAUCCGGACCGGCCUCCUGACACUUUCAGCGGACCAGAGCCUAAACUAAAACCCACUUUGGCCGGUGUAUGUGGAAUGUACGGACCGCGGAUUAUGGACAGUAAAGGGACUAAUGAUUUUUAAAAGUAUUUUUCCCAUUAAAGGACGGUUUAAAUGCUCCUUCCUCCUCCCGCUGCUGCGCUGCUCUCUGGUAUGUGGACGUUAACGCCUGGGCAGGCGAUAAAAGAAGAAACAGGCUCCUUGCUCCUAGCUUAAAGGAGACACAAGAUAGAACCAGAGCAGGAGACUGAGGAGAAUUGUACCAGGAACAAGGAGUAGUUGAAACAAUUGUGCCUCUGCAUCACUGAUGAGAAGAACUGGAAUGAUAUCCUGAACUUUUUUCUAGAAUUUAACAAGGUAGCAAUGAGCGGGGAGAAAUAAUGGCCAAAAACAAAGAUGCACGCCCCCCGACAUUUGCCGUCAGUGUGGUGGGCCUCUCAGGUACCGAGAAGGAGAAGGGAAAUUGUGGUGUGGGCAAAUCCUGCCUGUGCAAUCGUUAUAUACGCCCUGAUGCGGAUAACUACUACUCAGAGCACACCUCAGUGCUGAGCACAAUAGACUUUGGUGGACGUGUUGUUAACAAUGACCACUUCCUUUACUGGGGGGAUGUAUCCCAUCGAGGGGACGAUGGCUUGGACUGUAAAAUACAAAUCAUUGAGCAAACAGAGUUCAUUGAUGACCAAACAUUUCUUCCGCACCGGAGUACGAACCUGCAGCCAUAUACAAAACGAGCUGCAGCUACCAAGCUUCAGUCAGCAGAGAAGCUGAUGUAUAUCUGCACGGACCAGCUAGGCCUGGAACAGGACUUUGACCAGAAGCAGAUGCCAGACGGAAAGCUGAACAUUGAUGGUUUUGUGCUCUGUGUUGACGUUAGUAAGGGUUGCAAUAGGAAAUUUGAAGACCAAAUGAAAUUUGUCAACAGCCUCUACUCUCAAAUUGCCAAGUCGAAGAAGCCUAUUGUUUUUGCUGCCACAAAAUGUGACGAGUGUGUGGACCAGCACCUUAGGGAUAUGCAAAAUUUUGUUGCGAGCAAGAAAAACUUAAUGCUAAUAGAGACUUCAGCACGCACCAAUGUCAAUGUGGAGCUGUGUUUUAAUGCCCUCAUUCAGCAGCUAGAUAAAACACGAGGGAAACCAAAAACUGUGCCAUAUCUGGAGGCCUAUAAAGUCCAAAGGCAGCUUAUUGCCUCAGUGACAGAUAGAUUUGAAAAACUGAUGGUGCACACAGUCAGAGACUAUCAUACCACGUGGAAAACUGUGAUCACUGGUAUGAAGGGCCAAUCCGAAUAUGAUGACUUUAUCACAUUGGAGGGCUCCAGGAAAGCACGCAACAUGUUCUCAAAGCACAUUGCACAACUUAAACAGGAGCACAUUAAGAGGAGGAGGGAAGAGUACCUUACAACACUACCCAAGACUCUUAAUAACAUCCUCAACAACUUGGAUGAGGUCGAGCACCUCACAUGGCCUGAGGCACAAAGUGUGAUUCGAAACAGGCCUGAUUUCCAGUACUGGUUUGUAAUUCUGGAACAGACACCGUGGGAUGAGACGGACCACGUGGACAACAGUGAUCGCCGCAUACCAUUUGACCUCCUUAAUACACCUGAUGGUGAGAGGAUUUAUCGCAAUCAUGUGCAACAUCUGUUGUCAGAAAAGAGAAGGCUGGAAAUGAAAGAUAGAUUCAAGAAGACCUUAGACAGGGUUCAUUUUAUCAGCCCAGGGCAGUCUUGGGAGGAAGUCAUGUGCUUCGUCAUGGAGGACGAGGCCUACAAGUACAUCACAGAAUCAGAUAGGAGGGAUGUUUACUGCAGACACCAGCAGGAAAUAGUUGAAAGGGCUAAGGAGGAUUUUCAGGAAAUGCUUUUUGAGCAUGCUGAGCUCUUUUAUGACUUGGAUUUAAAUGCCACCCCUAGCUGUGACAAGAUGAGCGAAAUUCACAGUGUGCUUAAUGAGGAGCCCAGAUAUAGAGCGCUGCAAAAGCUUGCACCAGACAGAGAGUCUCUCCUCCUUAAACACAUUGGAUUUGUUUACCAUCCCACAAAAGAAACAUGCCUGAGUGGGCAAAACUGCGUUGACCUAAAAGUGGAGCAGGUUCUGGCAAACAGACUGGUGCAGCUGGACCAUGGGCGCUCCAAUCUCUACUACAACAGCGCCAGCAUUGAUAAGAUCAACCUUUGCCUUCUGGGAAGGGAUGGACUCUCACAGGAAUUAGCCAAUGAGAUUAGAGCUCAGUCCACAGAUGACGAGUAUACCCUUGAUGGUAAAAUUUAUGAAUUGGAGCUGCUUUCUGUUGAUGUAAACUCCACCCUGCUCUUUAGCCACACGUGGAUCUCCACAUUUAAACCACAUGGUUGCUUUUGUGUCUUUAACUCCAUCGAGUCUCUCAACUGCAUUGGAGACUGCAUAGGAAGAAUCAGAGCAGAGAUUUCGCAGAGCCGGAGAGACAGAUUUGCCCAACCUCUACCUUUUAUUCUUAUCUUGGCAAACCAGAGGGACAGUGUCUAUAAAAACAUACCUAUUCUCCGUCACCAGGGCCAACAGCUAGCAAACAAGCUACAGUGCACCUUUGUUGACAUCACCUCUGUGGCUUUUCCACGCAAAUUCACUGAGUUCCAAAUAAAGCAGGGUCUCAGAGCAAUCUUGGAGGGUCUAAAGCACAACUAUGAUGUCUUAGCUCCACUGCCCUCUAUCAAGGACAUGUCAGAGACGGACCUUAGAAUAGUUAUGUGUGCUAUGUGCUGGGAUCCUUUCAGUGUUGACCUUAUCCUCUCACCUUUCCUGGACUCACAUUGCUGCAGUGCUGGACAGCCCGGUCAGAGCAACACACUUAUACUGGACAAGAUCAUUGGUGAUACCAGGAGAAGAAUCCAGGUCACAGUGCUGUCUUAUCACUCUGCCAUUGGUGUUCGCAAAGAUGAACUGGUGCAUGGCUACAUUUUGGUAUAUUCUGCCAAACGAAAGGCCUCCAUGGCGACACUGCGGGCAUUUUUAGCUGAAGUCCAAGAUGUAAUACCUGUUCAGAUGGUAGCAAUCACAGACAGCCAGGCGGAUUUCUUUGAGAAUGAUUCAAUUAAGGAGUUGAUGACAGAGGGGGAGCACAUAGCCACAGAGAUUGCUGCCAAGUUUACUGCUCUAUACUCACUGUCACAGUAUCAUCGACAAACAGAGGUGUUUACUCCAUUCUUCAACGAAGUGCUGGAUAAAAAGCAGAGCAUUGAGAGCUCAUUCUUGUUCGACAGCUCAUCACGGGAGUGCACCACAGGUGCUAGUGAAGAUGUCUUCACCACCUCACCUCAUAGACAGUCCCCUGCCCACAACACCUACUACCCAGAAUCUGAUGAUGACAAUGAAGCCCCCCCACCUUACAGUCCAAUAGGUGAUGAUGUUCAGCUUCUACCCACGCCCAGCGAGCGGGCAAGGUACCGCAUCGACCUGGAGGGCAAUGAGUAUCCAAUCCACAGCACGCCUGUGGGAGACCAUGAACGCAACCAUAAAGUGCCUCCACCUGUGCGGCCCAAACCUGUCCUCCCAAAGCCUAACGUUAAAAAGCUGGACCCCAACUUGCUUAAAACAAUUGAGGCCGGCAUGCGGAGUAACCGCAGGACACCUCGUGGCCCUGUGAUGCACACAGAAGAUAUCGAGGCUUCAGAAAACUAUGCGGACCCUGUGGACACCUUGUUUAGAUCCAGGGGUUUCCACAACGAUGACAUUUAUGCGGUGCCAGAUGAGGGACACAGCCGACUAGUUAAAAUGAGAAACUCUUUUGGUGGGUUGCAUGGCCUGCAUGUAGGUGGAGAGGAGGAGAACGGCUAUGAUAGAAAGUCUCAGGCCAGUCGGCGGCCUUCCAAAUACAAACAUCGCUCUAAAAUCCUCUUCAGUAAGACAAAAGCCUACCAAAGACGGUUUCACUCUGACAGUGAUGGGGAGGAGUCUUGUCCUGCCACUCAAAAAAAGAAAAAGGGAAGAGCCCACAGGGGCAGUGAGGAAGAUCCACUGCUCUCACCUGCUGACCCCUGGAAGGGCGGGAUAGACAACCCUGCAAUCACGUCCGACCCAGAGCAGGAAGACAAGAAAAUGAAGAAGAAGAAGGCAACCAAAACUCCAAAGGAACCAAAGAAGCCAAGAUCCUCCAAACCCCCAAAGCCUCUAUAUCCACCCACCAGGAGAACCUGGGAGAGCAACUAUUUUGGUGUCCCACUGCAGAACCUGGUGACCCUGGAGCGACCCAUCCCACUGUUUAUCGAGAAAUGCGUUGAGUACAUUGAGCGAAUAGGUUUGACCACUGAAGGCCUGUAUCGAGUCAGUGGGAACAAGACAGACCAGGACAACAUCCAGAAACAGUUUGACCAAGAUCACAACAUCGACUUUGUGGUGAUGGAUGUGGCAGUGAACGCUGCGGCCGGAGCCCUGAAGGCCUUCUUCGCUGACCUGCCUGAACCGCCCAUCCCCUACAGUCUGCACCCUGAGCUGGUGGACGCUGCAAAAAUUGUGGACUAUAUGGAGCGUAUGCAGGUAUUGAGAGAAAUUGUGAAGAAGUUUCCCUCUGUGAACUACCAGGUCUUCAAGUACAUCAUCACACACCUCAACAGAGUAAGUCAGCACAGCAAGUCCACACUGAUGACGGCCGACAACCUCUCCAUCUGCUUCUGGCCCACGCUCAUGCGUCCUGACUUUGAGAACAAGGAGACACUCUCCACCACCAAACUGAACCAGGCCGUGGUGGAGUCCUUCAUAGUGCAGAGCGACUACUUCUUCCAUGGCGGCGAGGUCGCCGAGAGCUCCAGCAGCGAAGGAACGCCACCGCCGCACUGCCACAACAUGGUGGAGGCGCUGCUGCCUCUUCAGCUGCCUCCACCUCUGCAGCCGCAGCAGAUUCAACACACCCUGCCCCCUGAUCCACUCAUAUGAGGUCUGGUAGACUAGGGCAUGCUGGGAAAGCAGGACCGCAGGUUUUUAUUUGUUGUCUUACAGUGAACAAAACGCUGGUCGGAUCUAAAAAAAAAGCUGAAGCGAGAAACCUGGUUGGUGAUUUUUAAGGUUCCCUGUAGAUGGAUAUUGUUUGGAGGUUCAAGCCUCUUCUGUAAGAUCUGCUCCUCCUGUGAGGAGUCCCCUGUCAGUCUGAACCUCACCUUUGGGAACCAAAGCGUGGAAGGGCACGCCCCCUCUUUAACCACACAGACUGAAGAAUGAAUUUGGAUUUUUGGCACAUAGAAAUAAAAAAACACUACAUUUAUUAAAAGGGUCUGACUGGAGACCCUGGGGAUUCUGGGAUACAUGUGGGUCAAAAAAAUGGAAAAGCACACUCUGAUACUGAGCAACUCCAACCUCAGCUUCUUCUUUUUCCUCCAACACUCAAAAAAAGGGAAUUAAAACUUAAAGAGUCCCAGAGACUGCAGCUUCAAUUAAUUACAACCUUUUCUGCUUACUCUUUCACUCCCAGGAUGCUUUGCGGGUAUUUCACAGUCUUCCUGCAAAUUGGGACAGAAGAAAAUAUUUCCACGUCUCUUAUCAUAAAAUUCAUCAGUAAAAGGAGGAGUGAGGAGGAGCGUCAUGAGGAUUAUAAGGACAGUACUCUCGGAAAGAAACUGUGGAGCAUAUUCUUUUUUUUUUUUUUUUUGAUUUUCUGGCUGUGGUGUGGUUCAGGUGUGAACGCUGUGGUGGCCGCAGGCUAAUUUUAAACACUAAAAGGAAAAGUGACCCCUGAAUGAACUUUGACCCCACAGUAAUGUCAGCACAUGCACGUUUUGUCUGUCUAGUUCAUGUUUAGCUAUCAUUUCUGUUUUUAUAUAUAUAUUUUUUGUAUCGUCCGACUGUGUGUGUGCAGGUGUGUGUUAAAGAGUGACUGAGUUUGUGUGUCUGUGUGGUCUAUGCGUGAACUGAUCUGUGGUCUGUUUUACAGCCAGUUUUUGUACCUUCUCUGUAGAGAGGAGGAGGGAUUCAAGAGGGAAGAGAUUUAUGGAGAAGAUGGAAAAGACAGACAAAUGUGGGAGAAAUGUUUUUACCAACAUCUCUGAGAGUCUUAUAGCUGUUAGAACCUUUAACCCCCGAUGCAAUGACUAAUGACUACGCCCCUUCUCCACCCUAACACACUCCCACCCGCUUUAGGGAUGGCACAUGAACGAAGAAACCACUAGCGCCGCAACAUAACCUACAUCCACUCUGCUCGCAAAAGGAGGAGGAUGAGGAGGAGGAUGAGAAGGCCUCUUUCUCAUGUUAUUUUUUUUCCUUCUCCUGUCGGUUUGUUCAAACCGAAAAAAACCUGCAUGUCUGUUUAUUGCCACUUAGUGGAGAAAAAAAAGAACUUUUGAAUUUUCAAAAAUGAUAGAAACAACAAAAUAUAAAAAUAUAUAAAAAAGACAGGCUGAACCUCUUCAGAUGUUGCAGUUUUCCACAUUGAGGGCAACAUUUCCAGGAGAAGGAAAGAGAGACAUUUUCAUUCUCUACAUUUCUUUAUUUCUGUCAUGAAACAGAUCGACUUUUAUGAUCAUAUUUUUGCUUACAUGUCAAAUAGAUGUUCCCUAAACGGAGGAAAAUAAGUGUAUAUGAAUAUAUAUACAGUUUAUAUAUAAAAACAGCAGCAUCGGCAGCAGGUGCUGUUGAAGUGAAAUACCACGGGGUACUGGACUCAUCUGUAACAAGUCAAACCAUGGUUCUCUGUGGUUCUGCUGGUUGUACGCCUCUGUGUGUGAAUGUGUGUGUGUGUGUGAGUGAGUGAGUGAGUGUGUGAGAGUUGGUAUAAAGGAGCAUUUACAUGUACUGUACAGAGAGGAGACAUCAUCUGAAACAGUCCCCUUCACUGUGACACUGGUGCUGUUCAACCAGUGAACAGUCCUGAUGCUGGUGUAAAUGAAUCAGGUUUGGAGUUGGAGUAGAGAUGAAGUCUGUUUCUGUUAGUGAUGGUGGAUUAAAACGAUGUCGACAAAAACGAACACUAACAGAAGUGUCGUCCCAGUUUUAGACGUGUCCUCUGUCCUCAUCAGUCAGACGGAUUCAGCUGCCUUCAGCUUCUCUGGUUUGUUCCACUGUUGAAUGUGUGUCUGUCUGUGGAGGAGCAGGGGUGCUUCACUGUGACACUGCCUUCACACUGCAGACUAAAGUGACCCGUAGCUGAUUUUCUGAUGAUUCUAAAUCAGAUAUGUUUGUUGUUCACAAAGUGUUUCCACCUUUAGAGGCAGCAGUCAGUGGAAAGAACAAGAUUCUGAUUGUGAGGUGGUGACAGGAGAGCUGGCAUCACUGAGUUUCCUCCCCUGAAGGUGGGACGAAAGCUGACGAGCGGUCUGUGACAGCAUCAGCUGCUGGUUGAUAGAGGGAUCACGGUGACUGACGGUGUUUGAAAAACGACUUCCAAAUUGACACACAGGCGUGUAGAAUCUGACGUGUAGCAUCUAUAUUUAAUUCUGUGACCACAGUGCGUGAUGUCACGCCCUGUGCUGUGUGUAUGGGUCACUUCAGGGUUGAACUCUGUUUACAUUGGACUCAUAUUUUAACUAUGAUGUAAAAUAAUUGUCGCAACACAACCUGCAGUGUGAACGUAGCCUGAAACACUCAAGCAGCUCCAGUUACUGUGAUAGUUAUCGUUGGGAAACCACGGUCUCUAACGUCUGCAGAUGAAGAGUGGGAGUUUUUCUUGUUACCAAAAGAGAGAAAUUUAAAAUAUUUAACAGAAGUAACUAAUAAAAUCAGCACUGACACUGUUGUUGUUCAGUGUAGACGAGGACAUGACUCUAGAAUGGGACGAGCUCUGCACCAGUCAGGUGUUAUUUUCCUGCUGGAUGUGAAAGUGUGGCGUGAAUGAGUUGUUUGGUGUGUGAAUUCACAACAUGUCCUGUGGCCAGAAGGGUUUUUAAAAUAAAGUUUAAAAUAAACAAAACAUAAAGUGAUAACAGGACUGACAAGGAUUGGAAGUGGAAGUAGAGCCGAGAACGUUCUCACGUUCAGGGCUGGAGCAAAGAAGAAGAAGGUGACGAUAGGGUUAGCUGAGGGUUGAGAGUUUGAGUUCAGCAGCUGCUAGAAAAAAAGAUGAAUCUGUUUGUCUGUAGUUUCCUUUGUAUCUUGUUUUUAUUUUCAAUCAUUGUUGAUACGAUCUGUUGUCAUCCCGUCACUCUGGUGUAAAAACCACCUUCUCUUUUUCACCACUGUCUCUGCUCUGUAUCAUAGUAAAUAAAAUGGUUUUCAGAAAUGAGAAUAACUACAAAUCAACUUUAUCUUUUUUCCAUCAUGUUCCCAAAUAAAACAUCUUCUUUUUCAAA